UAGUUAAACUGCAGCAGCUGUGAAGUUCAGACGUGUGCAGUUCAUCAAUUUGAAUUCGUUAUUUAUAACCUCUCACCAAAAGCUACAUCAGGCAUGAGGUCAUCGUGGCAGCUGUUCAUCGCAUUAGCGGUGCUAUCAACGCUUUGCAGCAUCGCCCAAGCCCAGUACAAGACGGCAGGCAUCAAGACUCGGCAACCUCCGCCACCGUCAGCCAAUCUGCAGUACUUUGGCAAUGCCACCGAGCAGCAUCAAUAUACAAACUAUGGCAGCUACAGUUCCGGUUAUGUGCCUGCAGAGACGUAUCAAGGCGGCAGCUUCAAUCAGUACAACGGACACUAUGUGCAGCCUGUGAUCCCUGUAACUCCUGCACCACAAAUUCUGGAUGAGACGGCGCUGUUCAUUAACAAAACUCGCUCGGCCAUGGCCAGUGGCAUCUGCUAUAAGGAAGUUCCAACUGCCUCAUUGCUGCAUGGAUCGCGGGACAACUACGUUGGCAAUGGCACAACUCCCGACAAGAGCCGCAUUCAAGUUUGCUGCGAGGGAUACGAACGCAAUCCGCACAUCUAUCGUCGCUGUGAGCCAGUCUGCGCUGACGAUUGUCCCAACGGGAUCUGCACGGCGCCUAAUACCUGUGUCUGCAUACCGGGACACGUGAGGAACGUGGAGGGUAAAUGCAUCUCCACCUGCCCCCUGGGUUGUGGAAAUGGCGUGUGCGAUGAGCAGAAUCAAUGUCGCUGUCAUGAGGGCUACACCUUAGAUCCCGUUAGCCAGAAGUACUGUCUGCCCGAGUGCAAGCCAGGCUGUGCCCAUGGCCAUUGUGUGGCACCCAAUAAAUGCGACUGUCUGCCUGGGUAUCGGCAAGCAGCCGAUGGCAGCUGUGCUCCCGUCUGUGAACAGUGCGAGAACGGACAGUGCACGGCUCCAGGAGUCUGCAGCUGUAACACUGGCUACUUGAAGGUUGAGGGACGCUGCGAACCCAUUUGCGAAAAACCCUGCCAAAAUGGACGCUGCACUGCGCCCAACACCUGUGAGUGCCAGCCAGGCAAUGAAUGGGAUCACAAGAGUGGCCAGUGUGUGCCCCACUGUGAUAUUCCUUGCUUGAAUGGUGUCUGCAUUGGCCAAAACAAAUGCGAGUGCAAACCUGGCUACAUUCUCGACGAGCUGCAGCGCAACAUUUGCCAACCACACUGUCCACAAGGCUGCCCCAAUGGCUUCUGCAGUGCGCCCAAUUUCUGCAUCUGCCAGCCGGGAUUCAUCAAGAGCGGCAUCAAAGGACGUCAGAGCUGUCAGCGCGUUUAAUAUGCAUUUUUAUUUAUAAUUAAAGUCGAUCUGUGUCUAUGUCUCAUUCCCAAAUCAAAUUAAACAGACGUCCAAUCAGUGCAUUAAA